GCAGGAGGUAACCGACGGCUUUGACUUGAAGCGGCAAGGGUCGGGUCGCGUCCCGCGUUACGGUCCACCUCCCUUGCAAGCAACGGCCAAAACCUCCACCGAUUUGUUCCGGUUUCUUUCAAUCAAGGUUCCUGUUUCUUGCAAGCCAAGCGCAAGCGCCCGCCGGCAAGCCACAAACGCCCCGGCAAGCUCCACCCAUGCCGUCAUGCCGCGCGCGGCACUCCCCGUAACCCCCCUUUAAAUCCCUUCUCCGUUGCACCGGCUGUCACACAUCAAUCAAUCCGCAUUCCCCUCUGUCAUCCCCGAUUCACUCCACUCGUUCGUAGCCAGGAUUCUUUCUUUCGGAGCUUGGAUCGACGCGGCAAUGGCGGCGCAGAGCGAGGCGGUGGCGCGGCAGGGGCGCGCGGACGAGGUCGACGAGGAGCGGCCGCUCCUGGCGAGGCCGCCGGCCGUCCGCGACGGGGACGGCGCAGGCGACGGGCUGAGCCCGAUGCAGCGGGCCAUCAGCCAGACGUACCAGAGCACGGCGCACCUGGCGACGCUGCUGCCGACGGGCACCGUGCUGGCGUUCCAGCUGCUGUCCCCGAUCGUCACGGACCAGGGCCACUGCGUGCGCGCCAACCGGGCCAUGGCGGCCGCGCUCGUCGCGCUCUGCGGCAUCUCCUGCUUCGCGCUCAGCUUCACCGACAGCUUCCGGGACGCCAAGGGCGCCGUGCGCUACGGCUUCGCCACGCGCCGCGGGCUCUGGGUCAUCGACGGCGGCGCUCCGAUCGACCCGCAGGCCGCAGCAACGUACAGGCUGCGCUUCAUCGACUUCGUGCACGCCGUCGUCACCGUCAUGGUCUUCGUCGCCGUCGCGCUCUUCGACCACAACGUCGUGUCCUGCUUCUACCCCGUGCCCUCCGAGGACGCCGCGCAGGUGCUCACCGUGCUGCCCAUCGCCAUCGGGGUCGUCGGGAGCAUGCUCUUCGUCACCUUCCCCACCACGCGGCACGGCAUCGGCUUCCCGCUCUCGAAGCAUUAGUUCAUUUUUUCACCGCCAUGUACUGUAAUAUACUACUACUACUGUCGUUCUAACAAGUUGUAAACUCUCAGUCAUCGAGUGGUACAGAGUAAAUAUACGACGGUGCCUUUUAUUUUUUA